AAUACAGUUUACUAUUGUUUACAUAUCUUAAGGGUAGAGAAAAAUCACAAACAUUAAUAGUAAUUUUUGUAAAUUAAUUAGAUUUUAAAACAUUUCCAACACAAUUUCCAUCACAAAGUCUUGCUAAAUAUGUUAAUACUUGAAAUAUAUGGACGGGUGUGUCGAGUGUGCAUGUGUAAAUCGAAUAAUUUGCAUGAUUUAAAUGACACUACCGAAGAGUGUCUCACCAUGAAUGAAAUGUUGACAAAAACUGUCUCCGGCAUACAUGCCAACAUCGAAUUUCCAGUGCCUCAAGAGAUUUGUGAUCUAUGCAUGGAGCAUUUACAGAUUUCCUAUAGAUUCCAACAACUAUGUAUGAACACCAAUGAACAGAUGCUGAAAAUCUGGGAACAGUCCCAAAAGGCAGAAGUUAAACAACAAUCAUUAGCGGGAGAAGUGGAGAAUGAAGACGAACCAGAUCCCAUUAAAGUUGAAUAUGAUAUGGUAGAAGGCGAAGAGCAGAAAUUUGAUAAUGUGGACAUUUUAGAGGAUUUUGAAAAUGUGGAAAAUGGCAAUAAAUGGGAGAAUGAUACGGAUGAUGAAGCACCGGAUAAAGAUGAAUUGGCCUGCCAAGAUACUUCUUUAAAAUCAGCCUCUUCAACAACAUCUGGUCGUCCUGCAGCUGGUCGGUUUCCUUGUCUAGAAUGUAAGGAAACAUUUGCAAAACAUUCUAUAUUGAAACGUCAUCGUCGUAAACAUGAGUCAACGCAUCCGUUUGACUGUCACAAGUGUACACAACGUUUCAAAACGAAAAGUCUAUUGCAAAAACAUUCGAAAAGCUGUAAAAAAGACAAGAAAAAUGUGGUCAGUAAAAGCGAUAGUGAGGAUGAAGAUGACGAUGAGGAUAUGCCUCUAAGUUCUUUAAAGAAAACCGAAACUGAUAAUGAAAGUGAUGUCUCCAAGGAAAAUAAUAAUAAAAAGAAACGAAAAUCUGUAAAAGCUGACAAAAAGACUCCCUAUCAUUGCUCCAAAUGCGAUAGCUAUUUUAAAUACGGCUAUCAGCUAACAAAACAUCGUUGUAGUGAAGAGGAUAAUGAUUCGCAUUUGAAUAAAUGCGAAAUAUGUAGCAAGACAUUUACCACAGAGAAUAUGUUGCAAAAACAUAUGAGUGGCAAGCAUAAAGACAACAAAACCACAAGCAAGACAGAGAAAAAGACUUCAGACAAAAGUAAAGCCUCUAACAACAGCGAUAAUGAUGAUGGCAAUGGUGAUGACCGACCCGAUGGCCAGAUUGAAGAAGUGGAUAUGGAUCAAGACAAUGACAAUGAUGAUAAUUGGAAUGAUGCGAAUCAGGGCGAGUCAUCGGAUGACAGUGAUUCAGAUUAUGCUGAAAAGGAGAAAACCACAACAAAGGCCAAACCAGAGCCGGCCGCAAAUCAAUUUAAAUGUAAUGAAUGUGAUGCCGCAUUCAGAUUUGAAAAACAACUCGCCCGUCAUAUGAAAAAACACACAGAAAACCAUCGUUUUGUGUGUGCUCUGUGUUGGGAUCGUUUCAAGUAUCCACAUAUGUUGCAGAAACACAUGGAAAAACAUCAUCCCGAAGAUAAUCCCAAUCCCAAAGUGGCGGAGGCAAAACCGGAAAAUGUAGAAAAGACACAUGUUUGCAGUUACUGUCCAUCGGCCUACUCGAAUGUGGGUGGCUUGGCCCAACACAUGAGUAAGAAACAUCCGGAAAUUAAGCCCUUCAAAUGUGACAAAUGCGACAAGACUUUUGUGGUAGAGGAACAUUUGAAAAUACACACAAAUCGUCAUAUGGGUAUUAAAAAUUUUAAAUGUGAUCUUUGUGAUAAAUCAUUUUCGUUUAAAUUUGCCAUGAAACAGCAUAUGCGCAUACAUACAGGAGAUUUGAAUUACUUGUGCACCUUGUGUGGCAAGAAAUUCUAUAGACCCAGUAAUUUACGCCAGCACAUGCAACGUCAUGGUGAUGAUAAACCCUACACAUGUCCUCACUGUCCAAAACGUUUCAAAUGUCCUUCGGAUCGUUAUAUACAUUUAAUGUCACAUCAAGAGGGAAAAAAUCAUGUAUGUCAGACUUGUGGUGCAAGGUUUUCUCGAGUGGAUACUUUACAUCAGCAUCAAAUUUUGCACACGGGUGAAAAACGCUAUAAAUGCGAUCAAUGUCCUAUGGCAUUCCCCCGUUUAAUGAAUUUAAAUCGUCAUUUACGCACUCAUACCGGUGAGAAACCGUACAAAUGUAAAUUUUGUGAAAAAGCCUAUGCACAGAGUAAUGAUUUGAACAAACAUUUACGCACCCAUGUGGGUGAGAACACUUAUAUGUGUACCCAGUGUCCGGCCGCCUAUAAAUAUCAGGCGGACUUAAGGAAUCAUGAAUGGGAACAUUAUCGCUUACAAAAGGAGGCCGAACAGAAAGCUAAAGAUGAAGCGUCCGCCUUAAAAAUGAAAGAAGAACAAACUGUUAUGGAAGUAAAUGUAUAAAUAAAUAUAUUUAUUAUUUUCGUUUAAGCAACUAUACUAAAAAAACAUUUAUUAUGUAUGCUAUUAAAAAAGGAUUUUUAUUUAAACGACAAAAAUAAAAAAUUCCAUAUGUAAUUAUAAUUGCCUUUACUAAUAAUAUUAAGAUAAGCUUAUUAAAAAUAGUAGUUUUUCAAUACAAAA